AUGACUAAAUUAGCUGAGCUAAACUUUGUUGUGGUUCCUUUACUUUCUACAAGUCGCCUCAUACCGGUGGUGGACAUGGCCAAAUUGUUAGCGAUGCAAGGCGUGACAGUCACAUUACUCACGACAGCUCUAAAUGCCGCCAGAUUCACUGCAGCAAUUGAUCGUGCCAUCCGUUCUGGACUCCUCAUUCGGGUAGUGGAGCUCGAGUUUAAAGGUAAGGAAGCAGGAUUUCCAGAGGGGUGUGAAAACCAUAAUGAUGCGCCUGGUCUGAACUAUCGAAGACAGUUCUUUGCUGCAAUCGAUAUGUUACAAGAAGAGGCUGAAAAGUUACUUGAAGAAAUGAAGCCUAAACCGAGUUGCAUUAUUUCUGAUACGUUUGUUACUUGGACAGUUGAUACAGCUGACAAGUUUCAGAUUCCAAGAAUCGUUUUUGAUGGAAUGAGUUGUUUCACUCAAAUGUGUAAGCAUAACUUGCACAUAUUGAAUGAUCAAAAACAAAUUCCUGAAUCAGGGACUUUUGUCAUACCUGAUUUGCCAGAUAGAAUUGAAGUCACUAAAACUCAGCUGCCUGCGUAUUUCAAUCCAGAAGGAACAGUUUACGUGCAAGAUAUUCGCGACAGAAUAAGAGCAGCUGAAAAGAGUGCGUAUGGGAUUGUGAUCAAUUCUUUCGAGGAGUUGGAACAAAGGUAUGUAGACAAAUUCAGAAAACUUUAUGAUAAUAGAGUUUGGUGCAUUGGACCUUUGUCUCUUUGUAACAAUGACGAUCUUGAUAAAGUUCAAAGAGGGAAUAAGGCUUUGUUUGACAAAGAGAACAGUAUAAAGAAAUGGCUUGAUUCUAGGCAGGCAGAGAGUGUUGUGUAUGCAUGUUUUGGGAGCCUCGGUCAUCUUACAGUUGUACAAUUUGUGGAGCUUGCUUUAGGCCUGGAAGCAUCAGGUUAUCCAUUCAUUUUAGUCAUAAAAACAGGGGAAGGACAAGCAGCAAUAGAGGAGUGGAUAUCGAAAAAUGGAUUUGAGGAAAGAACUAAAGAAAGAGGGCUUUUGAUACGCGGCUGGUCACCACAAGUAGUAAUUCUAUCACACCUUGCAGUUGGUGGAUUCUUGACUCAUUGUGGUUGGAAUUCAACUGUUGAAGGGAUUAGUGCUGGUGUACCUUUGAUCACAUGGCCUUUAUUCGCGGAGCAGUUUCUUAAUGAGAAAUUAUUAGUACAAGUAUUGAAGAUAGCUGCGGGUGUUGGAAGUAAGUCAGUUGUGCCUUUGGGUGAAGAAGACAAGUUUGAAGUCCAAGUGAGCAGCAACGUAGUAACGGAGGCCAUAAUAAAAGUGAUGGAUAAGGAGAAAGAAGGAAGCAAGAUUAGAAAAAGAGCUAGAGAACUUGGAGAAAUGGCAAAAAGGGCUGUAGAUGGUGGUGGAUCUUCUCACCUCAAUGUGACACUUUUAAUCAAGGAAAUACAAGAAUUCCAACUGAACCAAUCAGCCAAAAAUGCACUUGUUUGA